GACUAUUUAGAUCAUCUUGUGGUGCAGGUAUUCACACCCAACUAUACACUCCCACCAAAACACGUCCCUGACAGUUGCUCGGAAGAAAAUCAUGGUUGUUGUUUAAAUGCCAGAUUUACAAGUGAGGGGAUAGCUUCUUUCAGGUUUAUCUCGACCCCACUCUCAUAGAUAAGGCCCAUUUCCAUAAGAAGAUAUAUAAAAGAUAUAAGGAAAGGAAACUUUUGCUUGAGGUUACAUUUGAAGCAGGAGGCCAAGCUCUGGAACAAGAUCAUAUAUGUCUUUAUAUCUGUUAGACAAUAUUCUGUAAAUAAUAUUGUCCAUAGUUAGCCUAAUGUAAUUAUGUAAAGUAGGGUUACUUAGGAUUACUAUAUAUUGUGAAUAAUGAAUCAAAGCCUCCUCAAGGAGAAUUAUCCUAUCUUACAUGGUAUCAGGGCCCUAACCCUAGCCAUCACUUUCGAUCCUCUUCUCUGUUUUUCUUCUACGUCUUCAUCUUCUCACCUUCUUCACCAUGGUUGAAUCUUAUGAAUUUUUAGCUCCUUCCAUGGUACGAGCUUAUGAAUUUUAAGCUCUUUUCAUGGUACAAGCUUAAAUUGCAUAAGUCAAUACCAUGGUCGAAGCUAAAAACUCACAAGUCUGUACUAUGGUACAAGCUUAAAAUUCAUAAAUUUGUAUCAUGAUACAAGUUAAAAAUGCAUAAGUUUCAAAAAAAAAUUCGGACAAAAAAAAAACUCUUGUAAAGACCUGUUCAUUUUGUCGCCUACAACGUGAUAGUGGUGGCCGGAGGUAGUAGUCGGCGAUGGUGGCCGGAGGUAGUAGGGUGGUGUGAGAGAAUUGGAGUAAUAUGGACGACUUUUAGCACUCCACUGUUUUUAAACCCACGAUUCAAAAAUCCUAAAUAUCAAAAAUUCAUGCCUUUUCUUCUUCGUCUUCCUUUGCAACUGUAGUUAAACCUUGAAGCUUCAAUGCUCUUUGCAUUAACCAGAAGAUCAAUAAUCAAGCCACAAAUCUCCAUUUUUACUUUCUCUCUCCUUCACUCAACGCUCUCUGAUUUUGUCUCCGUUGAUCAAGACCCACCCCUUAAACCCCUCACUAAACCCCAGCUCAAAACCAUUCUCUUCUCCAAUUACAACCAUGGAAAAUUCUCGAACCUCCUCCAAAACGUUGUUGCUUUACCCUCUAUCCUCUAUACGGCUUCCCAUAAUCUCACCCACCCAACUCGCUCUUCUCAACUCACCCUUGACUCGGUCUCCACCCGGUUCGACCUCCUGCAACUUGGUCACGAACUCGCUCACAAUGAGUUCGACCCGGAAUCUUGCUGCGUACGAUUAUGUUCUUCGCAGAAGAGAGGUAAGAUUCUCGUGUUGCCUAAUUUAAAGCUUAAAGUUGUCAUUGAAGCUUUGAGAAUGGUGCUUGAUUUGAUAUAUGAUGGUGGGUUUCCCACUUUUGUUUACGGGGCUAGGGAGGGUUUAGGCCGGCAUACGGCGGUUCGAUACAUGAAAAACUUGGUUGAAAACCCUAAUUGGUGGUUUACAGUUGCAUUUGAUAAAGUUGUUUUUGAUUCAAGGCAUGUGGGCAGGUUGUGUUCUGUGUUAGGAGAGAGAAUUGAUGAUGGGAGAUUGAUUGGUUUGAUUGAGAAGCUGUUUGAGACCCAGGUGGCUAGGAUCGAAUUGAGUGGGUUUGAAUUAGGGAAAGGAUUGCCUCAAGAAUGUGGGUUGUGUGGGGUUUUGAUUAAUGUUUACUUGAAUAGUUUUGAUAGGAAGGUUCAGAAGAUUCGUCUUCGGAUGAAUGAGCAGAACCCUAAGUUUGAUGAUGAUGUAAGUGAUGCUGUUGUGUAUAAGCCUUUGAAGGUGUAUGCUGUUAGGUAUUUGGAUGAGAUGUUGUUGAUUACUUCGGGGCCAAAGAUGGUGGCAAUGGAUUUAUUGAAUUGGGUUGUUAAGUAUUUGGAAGGGGAAUUGGAGUUGAAGGUGGAUAGAAUGAGGACAGUUAUCCAUAGUGCUGUUUCAGAGAAGAUUGAUUUUAUGGGGAUGGAAUUCAGGGCUGUAACGCCUUCUGUUUUGCGGCCUCCUCUCUCAGAGAAGGCAAAGAGGGCACGGUUGAAGUUUCGUAGGCAGAGGGAAGUAAGAGCAAUGGAGAUGAAAAACGCGAGGGAGAGGAAUAGGAGGAUGUUGGGGAUGAAAAUAUUUAGCCAUGUAUUUAAUAAGCUAAAGAAUGAUAAUAACAAGUUUAAGUUUGAUUACCAAAUUGAGAAUGAAGUAAGAGAAAUUUUUAGUACUUGGGCAAAUGAAGUAGUGCAGGAAUUUCUUUUUGAGUCAGUAGAAGAAAAAUGGAAUUGGCAUCGAGAACUUACAGCUGGUGAUUUUCUUUCGUUGAAAAGAAUUAGGGAUCAGCUGCCACUUGAGCUUGUUGAUGCCUAUGACAAGUUUCAAGAGGAAGUUGACAAACACUUGAAUCCUGUGAAGGCCAGGAACGCAUUGGAGGAAGAAAAAAGGAAAGGGGAAGAAGAAGAGGAGAGGAAAUACAGUGAAAGGACAAUUGAUGAUUUGACAAAACUCUGCAUGAAAGUCACUGCACCAGUUGAGCUGGUUAGGAAGGCAGUCAGGCUUGCAGGAUUUACCAAUGACAUGGGUCGCCCUAGGCCGAUCAGCUUACUGGUUUCCCUUGAAGAUGUUGAUAUCGUAAAGUGGUAUGCAGGAGUAGGAAAAAGAUGGUUGGAGUACUUCUGCUGCUGUCGUAACUUUGAAAUGAUCAAAACGGUUGUAACUUAUCAUUUGAGGUUCUCCUGUCUCUUGACGCUAGCAGAAAAGCAUGAUGCUACAAAAAUUGAAACUAUUAGGCAUUUUUCGAAAGAUUUGAAAGUUUUGGAUUUAGAUGAAAAUGACCAAAUAUACUUUCCCUCGGAAAGGGAGGUGAAAAGUAUGGGAGAUGGUCAUCUUUUGGAUCCGAAACCUGUUGAUGGCGCUCUGACCUUGAAUCUCAUUAGAUUAGCAUAUGAUGUACCAUCAAUUAUGUGUGCUGCCCAUUUCUGUGAUUGUACUGAUACAACUACUUACCGAGUUCUGUUACUUCAAAAUCGAAUGAACAUUGACCCAAACCCAAGGUAUCAGAAGAAAUGGGUUCCAGGAAUGGCUGCAAUCCAUGAUAGUUUGGACAGAAGGUGCUUCGCUCUGUGUGCUGACCAUGUUAGUGAUCUGUACAUGGGUAGAAUAACUCUACAAGAUAUUGACUGCACUUCUUUUGUUGAAGUUGAUUAAUCAUUCUGGUUAUAAUCAACAAGAGUAGUCUGGAAAAGUUUCCCUUGUUAGUCAAAGAAAGUCGUGAUGUUUUAGAAGGUGAAGCUAAAAGGGUAAACAAAAUAGGUAAGUGCAGUUCAAGGUCAGCGAAAGAAGACCAUCUUGACUGCGGUGUGAGAUGCUGAGGGUGAUCAACAUUCUCAAGGGACUCCGUCAUCUGGAGAAGAGAAAGUCAGCAGCCUUAAAACUAAUGGUUGAAGUGAUGCGUACUAACAAAAAGUGGAGGGAAUUAAUUUGGUGUGACAUAGAAAAAACUGAUGGGGUUGAUGAUGAAUUAUUUCUCAUGAGUGGCAAAAACGAGGAUGAAACUUAUGCGGCGUCAAAUGAGGAACCCAUUCAAGAAGCUGCAUGAAGUUAUAGGUUUAUGCUGGCCACCAAUCAUGUGGCACACUAACAACCUUGACUGGAUGGACUAUGGCUUUCUGAAAGAAAAGAACACAACAGUGUAGAACAGAGAAGAUAUGUAGGAGCUUCAAAUCCCACACUUCGUAAAGCAGAGGUUAGAAGCAGAAAAUAAAGGGCCAAGAAGUGAAGAAAAUAGUUGGAAAAAUGCCCCCUAAAGAAAUGAAAUAAGAUACGGAGUAUUAAAUAAGGCAUGAUCAGAAAAGUCCUCUUCUCCUUCAUUGAGGGAUCAGCCACAGGAAUUCCUUGGCAACAAGCUACUUUGUCAAGAACCAUUCGUUUGGAAUGCGGUGUUUUUCGCUCAACUUCCUACAAAAUACGUUCCAGAACAUGCAAAUUGGGUCAGACUUAAGUACUCACAUACCCUAUAAUGUUUUUUAGCUAUUGUAUAAUGAUCCCUUGGGAUACCUGCUUAUUUUUGUUUAUAACAUUACAAAUCUUUUCACGUCUGUAGGGUUUGAUACAUGUGGAUGUGGCAUGGAAAGCUCCAAAAAAUGCACAUGCUCACUUUUUACUUGGCUUGAUGUACCAGAUAUUGUGUCAGCCUCAUUUUUUGGUUUUAACUCAACAUAUGUUGAUUUUACGACUAAUUUAUAGAGCUGUCUAAAGGCAGUGCUUGACUAUGAGAAGAAGUAGCAGAGAUUUUACUCCGUUCUGAUGAGGAGAUUGACAAACCAGAGUUGUUAUCAUUGGUCCAAAUGCAUCACGCACAGGUAUGUCAUGGAUCAUGAUAAAAAGAAAGCUCCUGAUUAAGACAGCUGAAGUCUUCACCGAUGUUCCACCUUUUGUACAGUCUGCAUUGGAUGCUAUAAUGUAUCUGUAUCUGCUUAUGGGCAAACUCAUUCCGGGAAGACUUAUACUAUGCUGCUGAAAGUCAAGAAAGAAGAGGAAGCAGUAAUAGGCAGAGGUGAUCUUUGAGCUUUAUCUGUGUUCAAUAUAAGCACGCAGUUGACAAUUGGCUUUCUGGUUUUUAUCUAUGGCAUGGCUUCGUUCGAGCAGCUCUCAAUACCUUACAACAAUUUCUCUUCCCCAAUUUCUGAUGUCUUUGGUAUAGCUAACCAAAUUAGAGAAAUUCGUGAUUAUGGGGUUUACCUUAGAUUGUGCAUAAGAAAAGUGUUGUCGAGUAGUUAUUGACUUGUGGUAGAUGGCUCAUUGUAUUGAUCGUGGACAAACUUUGACAUUGAGUGGUCAGCCUGUCUUUUGGACAUUGUUCAUAGAAAAUAUUUGCUCAA